GAUAAUAGCCUCAACAUUUAAAAACUCAAAAACUCUUUAAGUGACUUCAUUAAUCUUGACUUAGUUUACAUUAAUUGUAGUAGUCGUCUUAAAAAUUUAAUUUUAUGAAUAAAUGAUGGAUUUUUUUGAGGAAUUGAUUAUAAACAAGUUUAAUAAAGGGUUAGCUGUUGGUAUCAUUACCGGUGUACUUUUAAGUAAAAUAUCAUGUUAUUUUUAUGACUUUACUGGAGAUAAGACGACAAAUAUUGAAGACAAUUUUGAGCGUAAAAAAGAGUUUAAAUCUUUAAAUAGAAUGGCGGCAGAAGAAUAUAAAAUGGCAUUGUUGGUUCGGCACGAUUUAAAAAUGGGAAAAGGAAAAGUAGCUGCACAAUGUUCUCAUGCAAUGGUUCAUUGCUACGAAUUUGGUCUUAAGAAGAAUUCUGUAGAAAUAGAAAAUUGGGAAUUAAAUGAUAGAUAUGUGGAUAUUUUCAAAGUUGUAGAUGAAGAAAUGUUGUUAAAAUAUCAAACUUUAGCAGUUGAAAAAGGAUUUAACACUUUUAUUGUAAUUGAUGCUGGACGCACUCAAGUGGCUCCUCGUUCAAAAACAGUAAUGGCAAUUGGCCCAGCUAAAUUAUCAUUGAUUUUUCAGUGUGCAGUUAUAUCUGUAACUGCAUACAAAAAAGGAGAAUGUAUAGGACUUCCUAGUAGAUGUGCAAGAGUUGUUCUACGAGCACCAGAUGAAACAACAAUUGAAAGUAUCAAAAAACAAUGCAUACUAGAAGAUAUUCAAACAGCAGAGUAUAUAGAAAAUGGACAAUUGACAGUUCUUUCUAUAGGACCUGCAAUCAAUACUUCUAUUGAUAAUCAAGUGAAAAACCUGAAGUUAUACUAAAGUUGUGUGCCAAUAUUGUUAUGUAUUGUUACCUUAACAUUGUGAUAUUUCUAUUUUUAUAAUAUUGUUGUACAUUGUAAAAAUGUCAAUAGCGAAUAUAGUAUUUUUGUGAUAAGAUUUAAAAAGAUUAGUUGACCAUUUUACUAAUA